CCUGGCAAUUGGUUUCUCUGGUUUGGGCGUGCUGGGGCUGGCCAUCCAGCAUCGGUUGCAGCACUCCCCAUCGGAAACGCCCACUCCAUUCGAUUGCAGCAAGGCACAGAUCGCACCGAUGCUGGCGAGACCCACUCAGAAGGCCACACUCUUGCUCCGCUCUGCCUUGCUGCGGGUGCCGGCGAGAGCAUUUGGGAAGCGAGCCUCCAAGCCCGGCGAUGCAAACACCCUCGAUGUCGACAGCUACGAUCCAUGGGCCCAUCACAGCACCUUUACGCUCUCCUGGGGAUCCGGCAAAGAAGGGAAGCUCGGUCACGGUACCACGGCUUCAAAGUCAAGAACCACCGUCAUCCCGAGGCUGAACGAUGUAUCUGUGCGGGCACUCGCUUGUGGGGCGAUGCACACCGUGGCGAUCGUGGACUCGCCGCAACCGCAGACUGUUCAUGCUUGGGGCUGCAACUUUUACUCGCAGGCAGGGCACGUUUCGGAGCCGACCGGAUUCUUUGUCGAAGAUGAGGAGGGUGACCAGGUUCUCAACCCUACGCCGAUCUACGGACUCGAGGACUUUAGGGUCGCCGAGAUUGCAUCUGGCGACUUCCACAGCCUAGCGCUAACAGCACCCCGCGAGGAACAGCCGCCAGGCUCAGAGUCGGGCGGCGGCAAGGUGUACACCUGGGGCGCUGGUCUGCUGGGUCAUAAUGACGAGGUCUACGAUGCCAAUCCGCAGCCCGUGCGCUACUUUCAGGAUAUCCGACGUGAGGUCGUGGCCAUUGGUGCCAAUGCCAACUACUCGCUCGCCGUUGCCCGGGCCGAAACCAAGUCGGAGACAACAACACAUGCGCCCAUUCCGACCGAGAACGAAGUCUACGUCUGGGGUUACCUGAGGAGCCAUACUGGCGAGCUGCUCAAGGCCCUUUCGCCCGUCGUGGUGCAGGCCAGUCUCGGAUCGUUUACCGAGAAAGCUGUUUGUGGCUACGAGAGCUUUGCGGUGCUUUCGACGCGAUUAGACGACGGCACUCGAAUCCGGACACUUUCUGUAUUUGGACUGGGCAAGAGAGAGCAGCCCCGCAAGACGACUCUGGAGACGAAAGCCGGGUGGCUCGGAUGGCUCAAGGGCGCUCCUGGCGAGCAGGACAGGGUCCUGCCCGAGCACAAGACCUUUAAAAAGCUGCCAGACUAUCCUCCCUCCUGGGAAGUGCCCCUCCUCAAAACAGUUUAUCCGUUCGAACCUAUCCUGCAAGUCCCUGUCGAGAUAACUGUAGCCGAUCUCGCUCUUGGACCCGGCUUUGUCGUCAUUCUCGAGGAUUCGGGAUCCAUCCACCUCCUUGAAUUGCCUUGGGCAAGCGAUCUGGGCUCAAGGAACGAAACUAGACACCAACUAUGGCGUUUAGGCAUCGAGUUGCCGAACAACGCUCGAGCCCGGAACAUUGUAUUGGGUCCCAACAGCCUCCACUGCCGAACCACGGAAGGAGGGGUCUAUGUGUGGACGCCCGAAAGGAACCACUCGGACGGCGAUGCUCCGCUGGACCUGUUUGAUAGUCUCAAAAUGCAGCGCGGGUCGUGGGAUCGGGUGAUCGAACGGGAUGUCAAGAUUCUGGCCGGUGGCUGGGACCAUUGGGCAGCGUUUGUGGACAGGCGCCGGUACACUUUAUUCAGAAAAAACGGGACAAUAUAGCCGUUUCCAUGAACAUGUAGUAUGUGCUGUGCUUGCGUCAAGCAAAGCCACAAGAAAUAAAACAGAUCACUU